AUCUUCCUUUAAAGGCAUCAAUAUUCCAUACAAGUUCACUCUCGUCCCUAAUUUUUUCUUUCCCAGUCGAUUUCCUAUCAUCUCUUGCAAUUCUUCUCUGCCUUAUAUCAGAACCCAUCGGUCCUCUUCUAUUUUAAAUCUUCGCAACCUUACCUUCUCUUCAUAGCUCACGAUGGCUUUGCUGAUCCCCAAAGGAUCCUCCUUAUUUUCUUCCACUCACCAAUGGAAUUAUGAUGUCUUCUUGAGUUUUAGAGGUGAAGAUACCCGCUAUGGAUUUAUGAGCCAUUUAUAUCAAGUUUUGUGUGAUAAGGGCUUUAAUACCUUCAUCGAUGAUAAUCUUCAAAAGGGUGAAGAAAUUUCAGCAGAACUUCUCAAAACCAUUGAAUCAUUAAUGAUUUUGAUUAUCGUAUUCUCUGAAAACUAUGCAUCAUCUACUUGGUGUUUGGAUGAAUUAGUCAAGAUUCUUGAGUGUAAAAAUAACUGCAAGUUGGUCUUACCAAUUUUUUACAAAGUGGAUCCAUCAAAAGUACGCAAACAAGAGGGAAAGUUUGGAAUAGCGUUAGCUAAACAUGAAGAAAAAUUCAACAAUAACAUGGGUAAAGUGCAAAGGUGGAGGGCAGCUCUGAAUGAAGCUGGUUCUUUGUCUGGAUUGCAUUACAGAGAUGGCAACCUUGAAUCGAAAUUUAUCCAAGGAAUUAUGGAAAAGAUAUCAAGUACUAAGUUAAAAUGCACAAGGUUAUUUGUUGCUAAACACCCUGUUGGAGUAGAUACUCACGCAAAGGCCAUAGAAAUGUUGUUAGAUAUUGAGUCAACUGAUUUUUGAAUAGUAGGGAUUCAUGGUCUUGGGGGAAUAGGUAAGACUACAAUUGCAAAGGCUGUUUAUAACAGGAUUUUUGACCGUUUUGAAAGA